AUGAGAACUUCUCUUCCCGCAUACAUUGCGGUCUUCUUUUUUGCAUGUUUCGUUGUUGAUGAUGGCUUUUUGCGCGGUCGCGGAGGUUGCGAGUUCGACCCGCUGGAGGGUGAAAGGGGGCAUAUAGACAACGUCAAGUUUGCAAGCACUUGCGAUCAUGGUCGUCGUUGUCGCUGUCAUUUAUUCUCAUCGGCAUGCUAUACUCACAAGUCCCGCCAUCAACAUCCGCCUGCAUCGCUCAGCAUGUCUGACACCGCCACCCCACCAGCACCAACAUUUGCCAUCAACACUCUUCACAUCACCACACAACAAGCCACUGCAUUGUCCGGAUAG